AUCCAGAAGUUUGAUGAGGUGCCACCUUCCGAGAAAGCUGCUCUUAUUUUUAAUUUGAUUAAUCGAUGCCCACUGGAAACGAUAGAUUUAAUAAAAGAAAUUUUGAUUGGAGAGGAGGAGGAUGAAGAGGAUACUGAAGAGGAUACUGAAGAGGAUAUAGAGGAUAGUAGAGGAGAUGAUGAGGAGGAGGAGGAGGAGGAGGUGCUAGAGGUGGUAAUGGUAGAAGAUAGUGAUGGUGGUAAUGAGGAUGGUGGUAAUGGUAGUGAUGAGGAUGAAAGUGAGGAGGGUGAGAGUGAGAGUGAGGAGGGUGAGGAGGAUGAAGGUGGUGAUGACGAAAAUGAUGGUAUUAUUGACUUAGAGGUGAGGUGGAUGGGGUUUAGAUCACCCUGGGGAAUUAGAGAGGAGGAGAUUGUAAUGGAACAUUUAAUUAGAAAGAGGAUAAAUUGUGAGGAGUUGAGGGAGGAUAAGGGACUUAUGAGGACAAAUCAGGCGAUGUGGUUAAAAGCAAGAGAGUUAAGGAGGAAGUUUAGAAGAGUUUUGUUUCCAAAUACUUAUUAA